UUGUUUAAUUUUAAAUGAUUAUUGGCUGUUUAAUGACGAGAAUAACAGGGAAAAUUCAGGGCAAAAUGAGGAGGAACAAUUUUUUUCUUCCUCCACAUCCUCUUCUUCAUCAUUUUCUUUGUCAAUGUCACCCACUUCUUCCUCCAAUCAACUUCAUUUUGAAGACAAUUUUUCCUUUGAUUAUCCAUCAUGUAGGUCUCCUUCUCCUCCCUCUUUUUAUUGUUCUUCCUCAUCCUCGUCCUCUUCAUUAUCUCCUUCAUUUUAUUGUUCUUCUUCACAAUUUUCUUCAAAUUCCUUCACAUCCUUUUCCUUUUCUUCCCCUUCCGCACCUUUUUCCUCCUCAAUGUGUUCUCCUCCUUCCCCCUCUUAUUCUUCUUCCAUGUCUUCAUCAUCUUCUUCCUUUCCAUCUUCUUCCUCAAUUUCUCCUUCCUAUUCCUCAAUUUCUUCUUCAAUUUCUUCCUCUUCCGUCUCCCCUCCCUCUUCUACCUUAUAUCACUUCCACCACAAUUUAA